AUGCAAGCGCACAGUCUCCAAGCCACGCACUAUGAACGGGCGCGCGCUCGCGUGAAUGUGAAUUCAGCGCCCUUGACGUGUCACGGGCAUACGCGACCCGUCGUGCACUUGGAGUAUUCAGACAAGCAGGAUGAUGGCACGUUUCUUCUGUUAUCCAGCUGUAAAGAUGGCAGUCCUAUGCUUCGAGACUGGGUUGGUGACUGGGUAGGAACAUUUUUGGGUCACAAGGGCGCUGUAUGGAGCGCGAAGCUGAAUGGCGGCGACGCUGCGCGUGCCGUGACGGGCAGUGCUGAUUUUUCUGCCAAGGUGUGGGACACGUAUACAGGAGAAUGUCUGCAUACAUUUACACACAAUCACAUUGUGCGAAGUGUGGCGGUGGACUCAGCUGCGACAAAGCUUGUGACCGGUGGUCAUGAAAGAAAGCUGCGUCUGUUUGACUUGAACAAACCGGCGUCGAAUGCAGACGAUGCACAGCUUUUCCGUGCACGCUUCGACGCCAACACGACAACGCACGAGGGUCAGAUUCGAAGUGUUGUGCUGGGCCGUGGCACUUCCCAUGAACACACUCUCGUCACUGCCUCAGGUGACAAAUUGAUUCAGUGGUGGGACAUGAGAUCCAUGGAGCCAGUGUAUGACAUGGUGCUGGAUGAUCCGUUCGUAUCGAUGGAGAGGUGUGCUGGCUCGUUUGGCGAGUACGUGACGCUCACGAGUGGGCAUAACGCAAUGUUCUUGGAUCUCGGCACACAUGAAGUGAUUCGGAAACACACACUUGACGUGACGCCCUCGUCUGUGUACCUGCACCCCACGACUGCUGGCAUGUUUGUGGCUGGAUGCACGACGGAUGAGUGGGUUCGCGUAUACGACUACGAAACAGGGAAGGAGUUGGAUCUAAGUAAAGGACAUCACGGUCCAGUCCAUUGCGUAAGCUAUACGCCUGAUGGAGAAGUGGCUGCAAGCGGAAGCGAAGAUGGUACUAUCCGCUUGUGGCAGACGACGCCUGGCAAAAAGUAUGGCCUGUGGUCAUGA